CAGUCACCCGGGAGCAGAGGGCGGAGACCAGAGGGGAGGAGCGCGGGGAUCUCACAUCCUGUGCAGUAUGCUGGAACGCAGAGAACGGAAGCAGAGUGGAACGCACAGGCCGGAAGUCUGGUGCAACGCACAACCCGGAAGUCUGAUAGAACGUAAAGACCGAAAGUUGGGAGGGGGAGUAUAUAGAGGAACACAGGGGUCUGUACAAGGACGUGAUGAUGGAGAAUCACCGGCCCCUCACAUCACUGGAUGGACCCAGUAACAGAGAUACCCCAGAGAGAUGUCCCUGUUCUCUGUAUUCCCAGGAUUGUACAGAGGAGAAUCACAGGAUCCCACAGGAGGAUCAGGGUGAAUAUCUGUCUAAUUAUAAAGUAGAAGAUACAGAGAGAGAAGAAGAGACGUAUGUGACUGAUAUGAAGGCAGAAGAUAUAGAGGGAGAAGCGACGUAUGUGAUUGAUAUGAAGCCAGAAGAUAUAGAGGGAGAAGAAGAGACGUAUGUGUCUGAUAUGAAGGCAGAAGAUAUAGAGGGAGAAGAAGAGACUUAUGUGACUGAUAUGAAGGCAGAAGAUAUAGAGGGAGAAGAAGAGACGUAUGUGACUGAUAUGAAGGCAGACGAUAUAGAGGUAGAAGAAGAGACGUAUGUGACUGAUAUAAAGGCAGAAGAUAUAGAGGGAGAAGAAGAGACGUAUGUGACUGAUAUGAAGGCAGAAGAUAUAGAGGGAGAAGAGACGUAUGUGACUGAUAUGAAGGCAGAAGAUAUAGAGGGAGAAGAAGAGACAUAUGUGACUGAUAUAAAGGCAGAAGAUAUAGAGGGAGAAGAAGAGACAUAUGUGACUGAUAUGAAGGCAGAAGAUAUAGAGGGAGAAGAAGAGACGUAUGUGACUGAUAUAAAAGCAGAAGAUAUAGAGGGAGAAGAAGAGACAUAUGUGACUGAUAUGAAGGCAGAAGAUAUAGAGGGAGAAGAGACGUAUGUGACUGAUAUGAAGGCAGAAGAUACAGAGGGAGAAGAAGAGACGUAUGUGACUGAUAUGAAGGCAGAAGAUACAGAGGGAGAAGAAGAGACGUAUGUGACUGAUAUGAAGGCAGAAGAUAUAGAGGGAGAAGAAGAGACGUAUGUGACUGAUAUGAAGGCAGAAGAUACAGAGGAAGAAGAAGAGACGUAUGUGACUGAUAUGAAGGCAGAAGAUAUAGAGGGAGAAGAGACGUAUGUGACUGAUAUGAAGGCAGAAGAUAUAGAGGGAGAAGAAGAGACAUAUGUGACUGAUAUAAAGGCAGAAGAUAUAGAGGGAGAAGAAGAGACAUAUGUGACUGAUAUGAAGGCAGAAGAUAUAGAGGGAGAAGAAGAGACGUAUGUGACUGAUAUAAAAGCAGAAGAUAUAGAGGGAGAAGAAGAGACAUAUGUGACUGAUAUGAAGGCAGAAGAUAUAGAGGGAGAAGAGACGUAUGUGACUGAUAUGAAGGCAGAAGAUACAGAGGGAGAAGAAGAGACGUAUGUGACUGAUAUGAAGGCAGAAGAUACAGAGGGAGAAGAAGAGACGUAUGUGACUGAUAUGAAGGCAGAAGAUAUAGAGGGAGAAGAAGAGACGUAUGUGACUGAUAUGAAGGCAGAAGAUACAGAGGAAGAAGAAGAGACGUAUGUGACUGAUAUGAAGGCAGAAGAUAUAGAGGGAGAAGAGACGUAUGUGACUGAUAUGAAGGCAGAAGAUACAGAGGGAGAAGAAGAGACGUAUGUGACUGAUAUGAAGGCAGAAGAUAUAGAGGGAGAAGAAGAGACGUAUGUGACUGAUAUGAAGGCAGAAGAUACAGAAGAAGAAGAGACAUAUGUGACUGAUCUCAAAGCAGAAGAUACAGAGGGAGAAGAAGAGACGUAUGUGAGGGUUGAUCAGAAGUGUAAGGAGGAGGAAAUCCCUACAGAUACCAGCACAGAUGGCUGUAACAGAAGAAAUAUAUGGCAGGAACAUAUCCCUUUAUCUCUAGCCUGUGAAAUAGAAGAUAACAUCACAAGAGAUUCUCCAGUAGAAAUCCCUAUAACCUCAGUUAUGCAUCCAGUAAUACACAGUACAGAUAUGACAUUUGAUCCCAUUUAUUAUAGGGAAUGUUCUGAUAGAGCAAAUACCAAAUGCUUUACACAGGACACAAAGCUUAUUACCCAUCAGCUAGAUAAGAUAUUUCCAUGUUCUGAGUGUGUGAAAUGUUUUACACGGAAAUCACAUCUUAUUACCCAUGAGAGAAGUCACACAGGUGCGAAGCCAUUUCCAUGUUCUGAGUGUGGGAAAUGUUUUACACAGAAAACACAUCUUGUUAUACAUGAGAGAAGACACACAGGUGAGAGGCCAUUUCCAUGCUCUGAGUGUGGGAAAUGUUUUAUAGAGAAAUCACAUCUUGUUACACAUGAGAGAAGUCACACAGGUGACAACCCAUAUUCAUGUUCUGAGUGUGGGAAAUGUUUUGCACAGAAAUCAAGCCUUGUUAUACAUAAGAGAUUACACACAGGCGAGAAACCAUUUCAAUGUUCUGAAUGUGGGAAAUGUUAUGCACAGAAAUCAGGUCUUAUUACACAUGAGAAAAGACACACAGGUGAGAGACCAUUUCCAUGUUCUGAGUGUAGGAAAUGUUUUACAAAGAAAUCAGACCUAAUUAUACAUGAGAGAAUUCACACAGGUGAGAAACCAUUUCCAUGUUCUGAGUGCAGGAAAUGUUUUACACAGAAAUCACACCUUGUUAGACAUGAGAGAAUUCAUACAGGUGUGAAACCAUACUCAUGUUCUGAGUGUGAGAAAUGUUUUGCAUAUAAAUCUUAUCUUGUUAUACAUCAGAGAAGUCACACAGGUGAGAAGCCGUAUACAUGUUCUGAGUGUGAGAAUAGUUUUACAUAUAAAUCAGACCUAAUAAUACAUGAGAGAAGUCACACAGGUGAGAAGCCUUUUCCAUGUUCUGAGUGCGGGAAAUGUUUUACGCAGAAAUCACACCUUGUUAGACAUGAGAGAAUUCACACAGGUGACAAACUGUAUUCAUGUUCUGAGUGUGGGAAAUGUUUUACACAGAGAUCAGGUCUUGUUAUACACGAGAAAAGUCACACAGGUGAGAAAUUAUUUCCAUGUUCUGAGUGUAGGAAAUGUUUUACACGGAAAUCAGACCUAAUUAUACAUGAGAGAAAUCACACAGGUGUGAAGCCAUUUCCAUGUUCUGAGUGUGGGAAAUGUUUUUCACGGAAAUCACGUCUUGUUAUACAUGAGAGAUGUCAUACAGGUGAGAAACCAUACUCCUGUUCUGAGUGUGGGAAAUGUUUUACAUAUAAAUCAAAUCUUGUUAUACAUCAGAGAAGUCACACAGGCGAGAAGCCAUAUUCAUGUUCUGAGUGUGGGAAAUGUUUUACACGGAAAUCAAAUCUUUUUAUACAUAAGAGAAGUCACACAGGUGAGAAGCCAUAUUCAUGUACCGAAUGCGGGAAAUGUUAUGCAAAGAAAUCCAUUCUUCAACAUGAGAGAGUUCACACAGGUGUGAAAUUAUUUCCAAGUUUUGAGGUUGAGAAACGUUUUACACAUAAAUCACAUCUUGUUAUACAUCAGAGAAGUCACACAGGUGUGAAGCCUUUUCCAUGUUCUGAUUGCGGGAAAUGUUUUUCACAGAAAUCAGUUUUGGUUAGACAUAAGAAAAGUCACCUAGGUGAGAAGCCAUUUCCAUGUCCUGAGUGUGGGAAAUAUUUUUCACAGAAAUCAGUUUUGGAUAGACAUAUGAAAAGUCACACAGGUGAGAAGCCAUUUCCAUGUUCUGAGUGUGGGAAAUGUUUUUCACAGAAAUCAGUUUUGGUUAGACAUCAGAGAAGUCACACAGGUGAAAAGCCAUUUCCAUGUUCUGAGUGUGGGAAAUGUUUUUCACAGAAAUCAGAUCUGGUUAAACAUGAGAGAAGUCACACAGGUGAGAAGCAAUAUUCAUGCUUUGAUUUAGGGUAGUGGUAGAAAUCAGAUGUUACUAAACAUUAAAUUAUUCACACACAUUUAAACAGGUGAAACUUUGCAUGUUUGCAGGGAAAAUAUUUUAUCUUUAUUAAGAACAUAUUAAGCAUAGUGCUUCACCAAAGGCUCUUCAUUAACGUCAUUGACGGGUGGAGCUGUCAUUGAUUGUGCUACGGUUCAACUUGUAUCCUUGUCUUGCAGUUUGUUAGAGUAGGCAUUGGUAUGUUAUUACCCAAAUAGUAUGAGUGUAGUAUGACAUGAACUGUGCCCAAGGAGAUUAAUGAAGCCUAAACUUCUCUCCCAUCCAUAUGGUCUGAUAUCUGACAGACAUGUUCCUUGUGAUGUCCUCCCCACCUGCAUUUUCCUGUGAUUUACCAUUUAUUUCUCACCACGUUACCUCUAACUAUUUUACCACUGCUAGCCUCUCUCGCUAACCUGUCUUCACUUUUUUCACAAUAUAUUUUUUUCACUAUAGUGUUGCCCUGGGGUCCCACGGCUGCUUGGGUUUGGCGUGUCCUGCACCCUGGACUUGUACUCCCCAAUAUGUUAGGGACUUGCCCGAUUAAUGA